UUGGUAUUUUGGUCGAAAUGCCAAUGACGACUAUGAUUAUACUUUAUUAUAGCUUAUCUUAUAAUUUAUAGAGACAAUACUAUAUAUUUAACAAUAUGUAUGUUACCUGGGCUAAUGGGCUUCCACUAAAUGUCCGUGUUUAAAAUAUUAUCGGAUACUAUCGUUGUUAUGAGAAAAGAGAAUGAGAUCAUUAUCGUUACGGAUUUAGUUCACCGCGUAUACAUAGUACAUUCUAUUUAUUAAUCUGAAAUCUAAAAAAAAAAGAAAUUCACGGGAUAAUUGAUAAUUUAUUGAACCUAUCAUGAAUUCGUGAAGAAACAUAGUUCAUAAUUCUACCUACAUUUACAAAAAUAGCAGUGCCGUCAGACGUCAAUGCAACAUUUCGAUUACCGAUGCGCACUGAAUACAAAUAAUACGUCAAAUUGAAAACGAUUUAAUUAUAACGUCUACUGCAUGAUUAUAAACAUGGUCUACAAUAUAUUCAAACUAACUAGCAUCUGACUAUACGUGACAGUGAAUAAAAAUAAUAGUUUUUAAACAAUAAAUAAUCAAACACGAGUAAUAAAAGAAAAAAUAAUACUCUACUUUCAAAUUUCAAUAAAAGUAUAGAGUCAAUUGUCGAUUCAGAUCCAAAUGAUCCACGACCUGCACCAAGUCAACAAAAACAUACAGACACAGUAAAUUUGGUGAGUAAAAAAAUUGUAUGCUUGACUAUUUGACUUAUCUGAGUCUUUAAGUCUCCGAUUUAUGGGUUUCUAAUGUUUCUAUGAACAAUAUUAUGUUAUAAUUUUUUUUUGAGACAACAUGUUCAUUAGCAAGGGAAAAUUAUAUUGGUUUGUUUGUGAAUUUUGAUUUGAGUGAUACUGAUACAAACCUAAUUCUGACAGAUAUGUGGGUUCUAUCAGAAACUUAUAUAUUUCCUAUAAUAGAGAAAAAUAAAGGUAAGAAUCUCAACUUUCAACACCAUUGGUUGAAAAUAUUCAAGUGGUUAGCAUAUUCAGAGAUAAGACAAGGAGGUUUUUGUAAAGUAUGUUUGAUUUUUUCAAGAACUGGUGGAUUUGGAUGUCAAAAAUUAUAUACACUUGUGAUUAAACCAAUAGAUAGCUUUAAAAAAGCAUUAGAAACUUUAAAUAAUGAUGCUGAACAUCAAUACCAUAAACUAGCUCUAGAAAAAUCUGAUUAUUUUUUGAAUAUUGCAUCUUCAAAGGAACCAGAGAUUAUAAACAAAUUAAACAUAGACAGAGCAAAAAAAGUUAAAGAAAACCGAGAGAAUUUAAUUCCUAUUAUUAAUUGUAUUUUGGUAUGUGGUCGUCAAGAGAUUGCUUUAAGGGGUCGUAGGGACUUUGGUACUUUGUCAUUUGAUGAAGUUACAAGUUUAAUGGGUGAUAACUUAGCUUCAGCAAUUUUAAAUGACUUGAAUUCAUGUGGUAUUAAUUGUGACAAUAUUUGUGGACAAGGGUAUGAUGGUGCAUCAAAUAUGUCAGGGCACAUAAAAGGCGUUCAAACAAUAAUAAGAAAUAAGUACCCAAAAGCUUUAUAUGUGCAUUGUGUUGCCCAUACAUUGAGUUUAGCUGUGUCAUCUGCUUGCAAUAUUCAACCUGUACAAAAUGGCUUAGGAACUAUUCAAAAAAUGUAUUGUUUUUGUAAUUCCCCAAAGCGUCAUCAAGUGAUUGUAACAGCAAUAAGUGAAAGUGACUUAGAUUCAAAAGUUAAGACAUUGAAGCGCCUAUGUGCAACAAGAUAGAUCCAACGAUAUGAUGCAAUUAAUGAUUUUGUUGAAUUUUUUCCAUAUGUAGUAGUUUCACUUGAAAAAAUAUUAGAGUGGAAUGAUUU